AAUAAUUUCUGGGAGAUUUCUUUGCUUUCUGAAGAACUGCACUGGAGAUGCAGUUGUGCCUACUGGUCAGCGUGAGUACUGCGGCGGCUCCACUGGAGAUGUUUUGCAGACGUUCCCUCAGCAGGAUGUGGAGUUUGCCUCGUCGUGGCGUCAGUUCGUCACACAGGGAGAUGAGCAGGUGGAAACGAACGGAAAGCGUCCAAACUCCUGAGGAGAAGCCUCGCAUCCUCAUCACAGGUGGCCUUGGACAGCUGGGCGUGGGUCUGGCACAGUUACUGAGACGACAGUAUGGAAAAGACAACGUUAUUCUGUCAGACAUCAAGAAGCCUCAGCCUCAGGUUGCUAACAGCGGUCCCUUCGUAUACGCCGACGUGUUGGACUACAAGCAUCUCAGAGAAGUGAUCGUCAAUAACGGCAUCACGUGGCUGGUCCACUACAGCGCCCUCCUGAGCGCUGUGGGCGAAGCGAACGUGGCUUUGGCGCGGAAAAUCAACAUCACAGGUCUUCAUAACGUCUUCGACCUGUCGCUGGAGAACUGCCUGCGCCUGUUCGUCCCCAGCACGAUCGGUGCCUUCGGUCCGUCUUCUCCACGCGAUCCAGCCCCAGACCUGUGUAUACAACGACCCAGGACCAUUUACGGUGUGUCCAAAGUGCAUGGAGAAUUGAUGGGAGAGUAUCUCCAUCACAAAUACGGCCUGGACUUUCGCUGCCUUCGUUACCCAGGUGUGAUAUCAGUCAACACAACUCCUGGAGGAGGAACAACAGACUACGCGGUUCAAAUCUUCCACGAUGCGCUCAGCACAGGUCAGCACGAGUGCUACCUGCGCCCCGACACCCGCCUUCCCAUGAUGCACAUCUCUGACUGCCACCGUGCCACCGUGGAAUUCAUGCAAACCUCGGAGUGCCAGCUGUCGCUGCGAACCUACAACAUCGCCGCCAUGAGUUUCACUCCAGAAGAGGUGGCACAGGAAAUACGCAAACACCUCCCGCACCUCAAGGUCACCUACAAGACAGAUUCUGUCCGACAGACCAUUGCAGACAGCUGGCCGGUGAGGUUUGACGACACCAAUGCUCGGAGAGACUGGGGAUGGGAGCCAACGUUUGGGCUGGAAAAGCUGGUUACAGACAUGUUACAGUCCGUUCGAAUCAAGAGGACCAACGAGGGUUUGCCAGUCAGCUAGUCCCACAGUCCUCCAAAAAGACCAACACCAUACCUCGGACUUCUCUAACAAUACUCUUUAUUUUCACAUUUAGACUUUUCUCACACUAUCAUAUUACAUAUUCUUAAUUGUAACAUCUAUUUUAAAGCAGUGAUACAUUGUCAGACCUAAUGGUGGUAAAAGUGGUUUGCAUGGGUUCCACCGCCAAUCUUUUUGUAUGGAAUUUGCCUGUUCUCCUCCCACUGUCCCUCAGGUAGAAGACCAACAAAUUAAAAUAACCUGUCCAACCCUCUCUACAUCUUUGUAACAUUAGUGUUUUCAUGUUGUAGGCUUCUCUGGUGUUUGUUUUUUACCAAGUUUUUCUCAUCAAAUAAAAUCAUCAGAUGCAUGUACAACCCUGGGUGAUAAAAAAAAAUCUGAGGUAAAAUUUGAUAAGAUUUUUAAUUAAACUAACUGAAUUUUAAUCAGAUGGCGUUACUGUUUUUAACACUAUAACAAACAGCUGUGUUUUUCACCGUCUGUCUGGGAAUCAAUGUGGUUUGAACUAAUAACAAAUUCUUGUGGCGAUAAAACCGAUGCAGUGUUGUUUGAAAAUAACAUUGGUGAAUAAAAAGAA